GACAUGUAUUUUCUCUCGGUCUACCUUUCCGCGAGGACGUGCGGUAGUAUCCGCUGACAGGUGUAAGCCGAGCUUUUACCAUUGUACGGACCAGAAGUGAAUGGUCCUACAAAGUGAACAACAUUAACUUUUCAGUUUAACCCCGUAGUCGUACAUUUGUAAAAGGGACUUUUCAACGAAAAGUUGUGUUUGCUUUUGGUACUUGUUUUUUUUCUUGGAUUUUUUUAUCAUGAUUAUUGGAGGAAAUACUAUAUCUAGAACUUGUCUCUAGAGGAAGUGAAUGAAAUUUAAAUUGACUGUGUACGUGGUAUGAAAGAUAUCAUUUGGCAAAUGAAAUCAACAGAAGGGAAUAACAAUUGCCUCCCCGGCAGACGAAAACCGGGCCAGGGCUCCAGAUUUAAGAAGCGUCUCUCUAUUUUGCUGCACACACACGUGGCCCUGAUAGGGAUCUGUACUCUCAGCGUCUUAGAUGCAGGAUGUGUUAUUGGUCAAAUCAUCAGCGAUAUUCUCAUCAUGAAAGACGAACUUCAAGAAAAGACCCUAAUGGAAUCCCAUGCCAAAGAAACGCUAAAAGAACUCUUUCCUGCACGCUUUAACAAGAGUUCCUAUGAAAAAGCUAGUCUUGAAGAUAUCAUACUUAUAAUGAAAGAAUGUUUCGACCAACUGCAACAGGACAAUCCGCACAUGAGUGGGGACAAGCUGGCCAAGGCUGUAUCCCAUCCCCAUCCCCAUAACGGUGACGAACACCAUGUUCACGGCAAGAGGAAACGCCGCGCUGCUGGAGGAAAUCAUAAACAUACCUUCCGUGACCAUGACAAGUUCAUCAGCCAUCACAUUCUUCAUGAACUCACUCACGCCUUCCAUUUAGGGAGUAUGGUCAUUUUGACAGUACUGCUGAUAGAGACGAUGUUAAAAAUUUUAGCAAUGGGAAAGAAGUUUCUGAACCACAAGAUUGAGGUUUUCGAUGCCAUUGUUAUAACUGUUUCCUGGACUCUUGAUAUCGUUUUCUGGGAGGGUUUAUGGGCACAACCCGAGCAGGAGGCAGCUAAUAUCAUGAUUUUUAUCCUCCCUUGGAGAGUCAUCAGGAUUGUCAACAGUUUUGUAAUGGUUAUACAAGAAAAAGACCAAGUGCAAUUGAAAAUCGUUAAACAACAGUAUCGGGGUUCCGUUAAGAGAGCCAGUGACAUGAAAAUGAAAGUAGAGUUAUAUAGGAUUGAGUUGCGUCAUCUACAGAGUUUGUGCCGUAGACGAGGCGCAACGGAAAAAGAAAUCCAAAGUUGUGCCCCAGAAGGGAAGAGGAGAAGAAGUAGUUUAUUACCGGUGUUAACAAGACUGGCCUCAGUGGGUCUCCUUGGCUCAGUAAGCAGUAGUGCGGAUCUCACCAAGGAGGCAGCAUCUAACGACACCUCUGACGAGGAGGACUCUGCUGUCGAAAUCACCAGCCGUCCAAAUAGUAACUAUAGCAAUUACAGCAGUGACUGUCUAAGUCUGGCUAGGACUGUGUCGACCGGGAGCAGCGUGUCUGCCUUCCCUGCUAGCACCAGCAUGGAAAAUCUAGUACAUGAUAAUCUCGCCUUUGUUGAUGAAAAGCCUCCAAACUAUAAGGAGGUCUCUGAGGAUACAAAGAGCGAAGAUGACUUUCAUACCAAGCUGUGAUUCACAUAUAUAUCUGAGGACUUUUGUUGUUAAACUAGUGUUCAAAUGAAGGAACACUCGCCUCUCGCUCCCGCUGUCGGUGUCCUGCAUACACGACAACUGCCACUGAGGGCAACAUGUAAUGUGAUAUAUACCUGUACCUCCAUGUAUGUAGGCUGAGGGAGGAGCUAUUCCAGUAUUGUGCUGUUUUGUUACUCUACUUUAUGGUCACUUCUGAAUUUGCCAUCUGAGAUUGAUUGGCAAAAUUUAAAACAUCGAAUCUACGCAACAAAGAUAGCCAAAUCUUGUGCUCGGAGUUGGUUUAAAUAAAUUGUAGGCUUUUUUAUGAGAAUGGAAUUAACAGUAUUACUUUUUUGAUUUUGUUUUCAUUGGUUUGAUUUGAUUUUUAUGCAAUAGAGAAUUUUGAGGUUGAUGUAACAGAUGGAGUAAAAAUUUGAAAAUUUGAAAGCAUGGAUUUUAAUUUCGUUUGUUAGGAUUUUUUGGGGAAUGUUUACGAAAGGACCUGAAUAUGAUAAGAAAAUUUUGUGUUUUGUUGUAAUCUAAUCGACGUCAAGCUGUGAUAAUCUCUUACUGAACUAGAUUCAGUUUUAUUUUGUUUUUUACCCGUGAUGCACUAUUGACUUUUGGAGAACAUUAUUUGUCACAUUGUCAAGAGAGGUGUUCGAAUGGUUUCAUUAUCCUCCAGUGCACUGUAAAUAAACUAAUCACUGUCUCAUUCUGUUUAAUACCAUAAACUUGCAAUUCAUCAUAUUUUCUCUUUUAUCACUUUGCUUAGAGCUCUUUCUUUGUUUUAAGGUAUUUUCAAUUUUAAUUGAAAAUUCGUUUUGAACAAAAAGAAAUUCCUUUUUUUUCUUAUUAAAAAUAUACUGAGUGUUAUUGUAUUCACAGAAAAAAUGUUAAAUUCAUUAUUUCGUGAUGUUUUCUGUUUGUUUUCAAAAACAGUGCUAUCAUACCGUGUGAGAGAUUUUAAAUGCAUUGUAACGGAGAGUUAUUUCAUCAUUGAUUUCAUUUUUAUAAUUUUGUGUUGAAAAAUAUUUAUAUUCAGACUCUGAAUAAAAGUCAAACUUUGUAAAACUAA